GUGUCAUGGUCGCCGUGCUGUGUAUAUUGUGCUUUUGCGUUUUUAAAUGUUUUUUGCCUUAAAUUCGUGCUCUUUUCAUAAAUCCGUUGAGUUGAGUUCGCUCCUCCGGUUUUAUAAGACUUUAAGUUAUUUAUUGUGAGACAGGACUCCAUUUACUUCCGAUAUGUCGUCGGAUAAAAAGUGUUGUGUACCUGGAUGUUUUGAGUCCGGUGCAUCGCAUAAAGUGCUGCAUAUAUUUCCCAACCCCAACAAAGACCCGGAUCGUUUCGAAGCUUGGAGAAAGGCUGUUGGCGGAAAGAUACUUGAAUUAUCUUUUGAGCAUAUUUACAAGUAUCGUCGUGUAUGCCGUGCUCAUUUCGAAGAUAAAUUUCACUGUCGCUACGAGAGACUGUCCAACAUAUCAAUACCAACCGUUAAUAUGGCAGAAACCAACUCUGGAACUGAAGAUGAAGAAUCAAUUGUAUUGGAUCCUGAUAGCGAGCUGUGGGGUUUCUUUGACAAGGAACCUCAUAACAGGGCCAAAUGCUCCAUGUGUGAUAUACGGCUUAGGCGGGAUGCAGAUACACUGUACAAACAUCUGAAAGAAAAACAUUCUAAAAUCGCCGAGAAUCUGGAGUACAAAGACAAUGAAGAAAAUUUUACAGAAGUAAUCUACCUUGAAGAACCAUUAGAGGCGGUAAAGGAGGAUCAGGAUAAAGUUUUGUUUGAAGUGCAACCCCAGGCCAAGAAAACUUUUAAGAGACGCUACAGCACAAGAGAUGACGUAAAAUACAAUGAACCGAUUAAAAGCCAAUGUAAGGAUGAUGUGGAAAUUGAAAAUUUUGGAAAAUAUAUCACAGGAUUACUCAAAGGUGUACCUAGGGCAGCCUGUUCAAAAUUACAAAUGGAAAUUGUGACGAUGAUUAUGAGUACUAAAAUUAAUUUACAAACAACACCAGAUAUAGACAGCGAAGUGGGUGAAAGAAGUAAAGAAAGUGAUCCACCGGAUAUAGGUCAAGAGAAUCAGGAAAAUCAAGAUAAGUUAGACACAACGACCUCCAGCGAAUUCGGAACAAAUCAAGAGACGCGAACCCCCAAACGACCCAAGCGACGAAUCAGCUACCGCGAAGAAUACUCCUACAAGAUCAACCUAACGGAGAACGAAGAGCGGGAAAUCGAAAAUUUCGGAACAUACGUCACAUGCUUACUCAAAACGGUCCCACAGAAUAAAAUUAGCGCGAAACUUCAAAUGAAUAUUGUCAAUCUUAUUAUGACAGCUCGGUUACAGGCUCUACAGAAAAAUGCACAAAAUGUUUUGACAAUUAACGGAACCAUAGAGUUAGAUACUACAAAUGUAGAUGAUAAUCAAGUUAUGUUUAUGGAGAGUUAGAGAGUAUAUUUAAUUUUUAAGGGAAUAAAUUUUAUUUCAUAA